AUGGAAUAUUUGAUAAUAUGUCGUAUUUGCAAUGAAAGCAUCAACAUAAAUUUAAUGGAUAUUCAUAAUUAUACAUGUAGACAUAAUGCUGAAUAAAGAAAGAAAUUAGUAUAAUUAAACUUAUAAGUUGCUCGUUUGUGUGAAAAGGCUUAUUUGAAGAAACAUUAGAUUCAUUUGAGGCAAGGAUUAAAAUUGUAAAUGUUAGAAAAGUAAUGAAAAUAGCAUGAAAGAAUUGAGAAUACGUAAAAACUAGGGAAUAUAGUGUUAUGAAGAUACGAGACAGGUAUAUUAGGAAUAUAGAAUAUUAUAACUACUGAUAAGUUAUGGAGAAAAAGUCGUAAAUUAAGAAUUAGAUGCAAAAUGUAUAUUAAAAAGAUGAUAAGUUAGAUCAUUUGAUAACUUAAAAUGAGAUGAUGGCAGGUUAAAUGAGUAUUGAGGAUUAGAGUAUUUUAAAUUUAAUAGAGUAAAUGAAUAGCUUAAUAAAUUAAAGAUUAGAUUAUUGCUUUAAAUGUAAAUAUGAGUUAAGUAUUUGAUAGUAAAGAUAUAGAAUUUUGGUAGUAUAUCUUUCAGAGUAAGUAAAUUUAGUAAGGAUAGUCCUCAGUAAAUACGAGAUAGCCAUAGAUUGAAUUCAUUUUCUGAUUACAUCAGUUUGAAGUAAGUUAAAUAAUGACACAUUUCAAGUCUAAAUGAAGAAACAAGUGAAUCUGAAAAAAAGAGAGUAGAAAGACCUUCUACUCCUGGUAAAUCAACGGUUUCAAUAAUGGGAAAUUUAAAAAAGAGUGGUAAGAUAAGUUAGUUUCUGUAAAAACAAUAGACUAUUCAAAAAAUUAAAAAUUAAGAUGAAUCUGAAAAGUCUAGUCAUUUUUAAACUAAGAAAAGAAGUUGUUUUGCAUAAACUGCAAGUUCAGAUAGUGAAUUAGAUAUAAGCAUAGAAAAUUGUGAUUAAUAAUUAAAAAUAAUAGAAUCAACAGAGUAAAUAUAAUUUGAAUAAGAUUGUUUUUUUGCAUCUUAAAAAGGAUAUUUUUCUGAUAGUGAAAUAAUUAUAUUAGAUGCUGAAAAUAGAAAUUAAGAGAGAAAUAUUUGUUUAAAAGAUUUUUAAUUUAUAAGAUAAAUAGGCUAAGGUGCGUAUGGAGGAGUAUUUUAGGUAAAAAAAAUAGCAACAGGAGAUUAUUAUGCAUUAAAAAUAAUUAAUUGUUCUAAUAGACCAUUUGAAAGAUUAUUGACAUAAUUAAAAUAAGAAAGAAAUAUAUUUGAAAUAUUAACUGGAGAAUAUGUAGUUAAAGCAUUUUAUUCAUUUUAACAUUAAUCAUCUUUAUGCUUUGUUUAAGAAUAUAUGGUUGGAGGAGAUUUCGCUAAAAUAUUGAUGAUUGAAGGAGUAUUGAUUUAUAAUUAUUAAUAUUUUAGGCAUUUGAUGAAAAUAUAGCCAGACAUUAUUUUGCUGAAAUUCUAUUAGCAUUAGAAUAUCUUCAUAGUAAUAAUAUAGUACAUAGAGAUUUAAAACCAGAAAAUAUAUUAUUAGAUUAAAAUGGUCAUAUUAAACUUGCUGAUUUUGGUUUAAGUGAAAUUGGAUUUAAUAAAAUGAUGGUUAAAAGAAAAACUAGUUAAAGAGAUAUUGUUAAAUAAGAUUUAUCAUCUUCUCCUGGAUAUAUUAUAUAAAGAGGUGCAUCAUUCAAAAAGUCUAGAUCUAAUAAUAGUUAAUAUGAUAAAGGAUCUGAAGAAGAGAGACGUAGAGUUGUUGGUACUCCUGAUUAUAUUGCUCCUGAAAUUAUAAAAGGAAUCUCUUCUUCUAAUAAAACUUUAGAUUAUUGGUCUCUUGGUGUCAUUCUUUUUGAAUUUUUAGUUGGAAUACCUCCUUUUAAUGAUGAAUCUGUUGAUAAAAUAUUUUCUAAUAUUCUAGAAAGUAAAAUUGAUUGGCCAGAUAUUGGAGAUGAUCCAGAAUCUUAAAUUUCGCAAUGUGUUUAUGAUCUAUUAAAAUAACUAUUGAAUCCUGAUUAUAAUUAAAGAAUAGGUCAUGAAUCAAUUGAUUAAAUUAAAAAACAUCCAUUUUUAAAUUCUAUUAACUGGAAUACACUAAGAAAUAAACCAGGACCAAUUAUUCCUAGGAUACCAUAAACACAUUAACAAUAAUUCGAAAAUGUUUAAGAAAAACUUUCUAAAUUUCUAUAAAGAGGAGAAAAAAAACAUUCACAAAUUGUUAAAAAGUUAUAAGACGAAUUAGAAUAUUUAGAAAGAGUUGAUUUAUUAAUUGCUACCAAUGAAAAAGAAGUCAUACAAAUUAAACAGUAAUUCAACUUAUGAGAUUCUUAAUUCAAAAAAAAACUAAUAUUUUAAUAUUANUUAACAUUAAUCAUCUUUAUGCUUUGUUU